AUGCAUUUACUGGGACAAUCAGGCGCCUCUCUGCAAUGCCUGACCCAAAUGAACGAGGCCAGGGCUGCCGCCGGUCUACCGGACCUUAAGGAGAGUGAGGACUUGCUGCCUAUUACGGGGGAACCGGGCCGGCAAGGUCAAGGCGAGAGCGAUUUUUGGUCGAAGCUUUGCGCAAAAGUCGUUGCGACUCCUGCUGUACUGGCAUCUUCUGAAGGUACUCUUCCAAAGGGCACAUACGCGUAUUUCGCAACAGUAGAAAGUGAAGGUGAUUGCGCCGCUGCAGUGGAAUAUUGGAAAGGAGGCUUCAGUCUGUUUGAAGAAAAGCUGCCAGAGAAGUACAGCCAGUCCGAGCCCAAGGUAUAUGCUAAUGCUAAAGCAGUCUCUUUUGUUGCUCUUUUCAAUCCGAAGCCCGACCCAACCGUCAGCUGCGCUUUCGUCAAGUGCCCUGCUACAACUACUACAACAACAAAAACUCCAGAGGAGGAGGAGCCUACAGAACCUUCGGGUGGUAGUAGCGGUGGUAACGGUGAUCACGGUAGUAACGGUGGUAACGGUGGUGGAGGUGGAGGGAGGCGGCUCGCGCAACCAGAGGCGACAAGCACUUUUAAUGCCAUUGUUUGCAUUACCUCCCCAGAGGCAUUGCUAGACGACCAAGCUCCAUUCAGUCAGGAAGUAUGGGAUAAGAUUGCAGCAGCAUUGUCGAGUGGGAUUUCUUCUGCCCUACCCGCUGUCCUCCUUGCACUUUCCGCAGUUUCCCUCUCCGCAUCUCUAUCCAUUUGA